AUCAUUUUGGAAGCGGGAUCGUCUUAAACGCCCAAACAGCGACUAAAGUUCGGUUCAGUCUUCUUAAAAAAAGUACAGAAGAUUCGCGUCGCAAGGAAAAUAAAAUGUUAUAUUUAACUCCGCGUGUUUAUGUGCUAUAAAUAAACUUUAAACCAGAUGUGAACAUGUAGAUAUACCUCCGUUAGAGGGCAGGACAAGGGGACUCUGACAUUGCCAGCCGGGGACAGCUGGUGUUCGAGGCUAUCUCAAAACAACCAAAUGAAACUUUAACGUCCCAUUGCAGUCAUUUCUACACUGAUAUGAGGGAUUCCAGCUCUCUUAUAUAAUAACAGGGGGCUGUUUUUACAUCGUCUGUAUUUGCCAAACACUUAGCAUUAAGGACAAUGGUUCUCCUCUGUGUGCUCAGGAGAACCAGCUCCUUCUCUCUGGCACGAAACUUCCAGGUUCUCUGCAGACAAGCUGGACAUCCGGGUCAGAAGACACCCUGGCUGUCUCCUCAUGUUCCUCACAGAACAGCCAACUCUUUUCACUCUUUAUCUCCUCUCUCAUUCUGCAACAAUGGGAGGAGGGCUGCCUGGUUCCAGAUUAGUCCCAGACCCCCUUUACCUCUCCAUUCUGGUUCUGGGCCCCUCUUCCACACCUCGGGUCCCCUGAGGGCCCUGCCGGCUCCUCUGCUGUGGAUGCUGCUCAAACCUCUGCAGAAGCUUGUGGCUAUAGUUCUGGGCAGGAGUAUAAGGAAGUGGUGGGUGGCUCUGCCCGCCAACCGCCGGCAGCUCAUGCGUGAGUGGGUCCGUCAGCGGCGCUGGCAUCUGGCAGCAGGGGCAGGCGUUGCUAUGGUGAUGGUAGCCCUCCUCCUCCUGACCCACCUGGACGAGUCCCCGGUGACGGGACGCACCCGCCUCCUGGUGUUCAGCAGAGAGACGUACAUGGAGCUGGCAGCUCUGACUUCAGAGGCGUACAUGGAGGAGUUUGCAGAGAUGCUGGUUCCAGUCACUGACCCUCGUCAACAGGUGGUGGAGCGGGUGGUGCAGCACCUGGCACAAAGAAACAAGGACAUCCCUGAAGUGUCCGAAGUCACCUGGAGCGUCCACGUGGUGCAGAGUCCCAACGUCAACGCCUUCGUCCUACCGAACGGGAAAGUGUUCAUGUUCACGGGGAUGCUGGACGCCGUGGCCGAUGUCCACCAGCUCACCGUGGUCCUGGGACACGAGAUGGCUCAUGCUUUACUGAGGCACUCUGCAGAACAGGCCAGUCUGUCUCAUGUCGUGGACCUCCUGUCUCUUAUUCUGCUGACAGCCAUCUGGGCCGUGUGUCCUCGAGACAGCCUGGCUCUGCUGGGACAGUGGGUGCAGGACAAGCUCUCCCAGUUGAUGUUCAACCGUCCCUUCAGCAGGAAACUGGAGGCUGAGGCCGAUCUCGUCGGGUUGCAGUUGGCUGCAAAGGCGUGUGCAGAUGUGCGAGCAGGACCCGUAUUCUGGCAGCAAAUGGAAAUCAGAGACCAGCUGACAGGAGAGCCCAGCUUCCCCGAGUGGCUGUCCACACACCCGUCGCACAAGAACAGAUUCACUCAGCUGGACCGCCUCAUGCCACAGGCUCUGGAGUUGAGGGAUAGUUGCUCCUGCCCGGCUCUACCUGCCACUGACCCCCGCGCCGUCUUCUCCAAGAGUGUUCGUUUGCUUCUGGAAACCGCCAAGCAUCAUGGGAGAGGAGAAUCAGAAGGAGCCCGAAAACCCAGCUUGCCCCACAGCCCGGCCUCGCUACCCGCCGGACUGCCUGCGGCUCUGCUCGCCCAAACCUCCCCCCUUCCUUCCCUAAAUGUGGAGCAAGAAAUGAAAGAACCAGUCUCAUGUGUAGCUUCAGAGUUAGCCGUCGCAGCCGCUGUCCCUGCUCCCGCUGAGGUGGAAGGAUCCCAGACCAGCUGACAGGGUUUUUUCAAAUCCUCACAAACUUCUAGACUGGUCAGCUGUGCUAAUCAUCCCACUAUUCAAGACAGUUUUUUUUUAUCGUCUAUCAAAUUUCAAAGACCUUGGGUGCACAGGUGGUAAAGGAGUUCUACCAUCAUAGGGUUGGUCCUUUCUCCGCACUAGAGACUCCUUCUGGUUGCCAGCACAAUGGAGGGUGAAGCCGGGGGGGGGGGGGGCAGGUACUGGGAAAAGAAGUCGCUCUGGAGAAAAUUGGUUGAAAAAAUUCAGCAAUAAAAAAAGAAAAAACAACCAAGGCCCCUUCCUAACCUUUCCCUCCACGGCAACACCCCGCUGACUGAGCUUCAGAGAAUGUUUUUCAUGCUUAGUGACUACAAAGAUGCCACAUUAAUUAGAUAACCUCCAACUGGGGGGGAAAAAUGCUGAAUGAAUCUUAGCAAAGCUUCCAUACGAUACGGAUUAAUAUGUGCAUUAUUCAUCGACACACGGAAACAGACGCGAGUAAGCACUUUGAGUGUGCAUGUCGGAGGGUUCGUCCACGGCGGGCAGAGGACAUCUACAUUCUAAUUAUGACUACUGCAUUCUCAUGCCACACACACACACACACACACACACACACACACACACACACACACACACACACACACACACACACACACACACACACACAGUAUAUUAUACAUUCUCUAUCCCUGAGGGACUUAAUGGUGUAAAUUUAUGCCGGGUUGUUUGCAGGUUUUUUUUUUUUUUUAAACACAGCUUUCUGCACAGGAUUGCCAAUAUUCACUGUCAAGCUUUAAGAGAUCUUUCAUGGGGUUUUGUAAAAAAAAUAUUUUUUAACAAGGCAAGUUGACUGAGAAAACAUCCUUAUUUACAACAACAGCCUGCGGGAGCAGUCGCACCGUGAAAGAGGGGGGGUGAUUUAUGGUUCAUAUCUUAGUAAUCGUGUGUGUGUGUGUGCUGAAACAAAAUAGCACAUUUGGUUAAACUGUGAUAUCAUAAAAAAAAGUACUACUGUGUUUUCAUUUGAAAAAUUGCAUUUGUGUCGUGCAUUUUUUUAAGGUUCAGGGUAUCGGCUUACAAAGCAUCAGACAGCAGUCGAUACACCUGCUAUGGAAGAUUUGUUUUCCUGCAAGAAAGGUGUGUUUAUAUCAGAAUCUGUUUCUACAGUUACAAUAAUUGGCCAGUGAUGGGGGUUUAUAACUAAAAUGUGCAAUGAAAAAAGCCAAGGGAAUAUUGUUGUUUGCAUAUCAAUAACUCAGCAGGAACGUGCUCUGUGUGCAAGU